UUGCAAUGUUGUUUGUUGACUGUUGUUGAAAAAAAUUAGAUUGACAUCUCAGGAAGUACGAGUCUUGUACAUCAUAAUAUCAUUGCGGCAUUCAACAUUUGAAAAGUUAGUAUGUUACCGCUUUUAGGUUCCCGACUAGACGUUUAGGAUAUCUCUCUUCAUGUCCACACUUUGUGUUCUACUUGGUAACGCGGAAAUAGUCUUGUUGUGGAAAGUAAGUUGAACUUUUGUGUUCAGUAAUGUCGAAGAACGGUCUCAGCAAGCAGGACAGUGAUCCCUUUCUGACUAGAUAUGGCCUCACGUGCGAAGAAGCAUAUCCUGUGGCAUUGGCUUUGUACAGAAAAGAGCGAGACUAUCUUGAACUAACCUAUGGAGAUAAAAACAACUUGUCAGCCUUUUACAAGCAAGCCACGUACGGCGGCUUCCAGCCGGAAAAGGCUCCGACAUCUGGCUGGUUGGACUUUGUUGGAAAUGACCGUCGGAAAGCAUGGGAACAGCUGGGUACCUUGAGUACAUCUGCAGCUAAGGCUGGCUUUUGCCAGCUAAUGCUCAAAACGUCAGGGAAAAGCUUUGAGGCGGCGAUGAUGAAGGCAAAACGGGACAAGUUUAACCGCAUGGAGAGGGAACGCGUUGCUCAGCGCGAGGCCGAAAGAAAGAAGCGAGAAGAAGCGGAAGCUAAGAAGAAUGACUCCUCUAAUGUCACUCUUUUAUCGCAUCAUGAAGAGGAGCUGGAAAAAGAACGUAACCAGCGCGCAUCAGUCUAUGAACAACAGCAAAAUGUGCUCCAGAAGCAACAUGAAGGAGUUAAAGUGGAUCUGGCGCCAGCACCUGCAGCGGUGGCUAGGAACUCAAGCACUCCAACCACCACUGAGUCAUCUUAUCCCACUUCAGCUGGUAAUCACUGUGUUAAGUCAACGGCGCAGGCCAGCCAGGCAGCUUUGAGUACUGGCUCUACGGGCAAUGGCAGUGUGACAAGAGGCAAUCAAGAAGUACCGCCUGCACUCUUGGCGUCAGCAGCAGCAGCAAUUUGGACCAGGCCGGGUGUAAAGGAAUUCACAGAAAGCACAGAGUGUAAGAACGUUACUGUCAAUCGCAGUGAUACGCUGUACAUUCGAGUUCCUAUCGAGACUCUCUCCCAUUCUGUCUUCUGGCAAUUCGCAACUGUUGACUAUGACAUCUCGUUUGCCGUCGACUUCUACCCAGGCCAACUUCCAGCAGAGGAAAAGAAUGCAUUUGAUCCCAAGAAUAGAAUACUUGAGCCACGGCGAGUCAACUCUCACGAGGAAGUCAUCUGUGGCAGCCACAAGCCCACACAGCCCGGCUACUAUGUACUGCACUUUGACAACACCUAUUCGUAUCUUCGCUCCAAAAGUAUUUACUUCCAUGUGUACUGUGCACCGUAAAUACGGGAUAUCAGACACACUUUAUAGACUUUUUUUCUUACAGGCUUAACUUAUUAUUGCUUAGCAGACUCCUCUUGAGUCAUCCCAGUGCACGUCACACUUUCACAUCAAAACAAAUUCUGUCUACAGACAUUCACUAGAUAUCGCUUAGCAUGCAAUCCCAUAGUGCUGCUUUAACUAUAGUAUUCUUCUGCUAUCAUGUAUAUUAUGUUAUAGCCCCCUCCCCAAAUUCAGUCCAUAGCACAGAUGGCAAGCCAGUUCUGAAUGCUGUUUAGUUUUUUUCAUUUCGUUAAAAAAGUGAGUCAUAGUAUGAAAAUCA